CCAGAGGCAACACUACGCACCUUAUCCUUCGUUCUCUCUCCUCGUUUUCCCUCCACAUAAAGCACACAAGCUCACGGAGAAACCAAAUUCCCCUAAAAAUGGCGUAAAAAAUCCAAUUUUGAUCCGUAAAUCCCUCCAUAAAACCCAAACCCUAGCCAAAUCCCCGCCCAAAAAUGGCCGCGUCACCACUCUCCACCCCCACAACAACGGCGACGCCCCCCCGGAUCCCCCGCCGCAUCCUCUUCUCCCACCCCCAAUUCGCCCCCAAAUCCGAGCUUGGAACCGGUUUUUAUGGCCGGAGACUCAAAUCUAGGGUUUUCGCGGCGCGUACCGCGCCGCGGGGCUCAGAACGGCGUUUUGCGGGGGCGGCGAGGGCGUCGCUGGGUGGGCUAUUGGGGGGGCUCUUCGGAGGAGCCGAUACGGGGGAGGCGACGAGGCAAAGGUAUGCUGAGACAGUCGCGGCGAUCAACGCGAUGGAGCCGGAGAUGUUGCGGUUGUCGGAUUCCGAUCUGAGGGAGAGAACGGCGGUGUUGAAGGAGAGGGCUCGGAAUGAUGAGUCUCUGGAUUCUCUUCUACCUGAAGCAUUUGCUGUGGUGAGAGAAGCUUCUAAGAGAGUAUUGGGUCUUCGUCCUUUCGAUGUACAGCUAAUAGGUGGUAUGGUUCUUCACAAAGGGGAAAUAGCAGAGAUGAGGACUGGAGAAGGAAAAACACUUGUUGCCAUUCUGCCGGCUUAUUUGAAUGCACUAAGUGGGAAAGGAGUUCAUAUUGUCACUGUGAAUGAUUACCUGGCACGGCGUGACUGUGAAUGGGUUGGUCAAGUUCCAAGAUUUCUGGGACUGCAGGUUGGCCUAAUCCAACAAAAUAUGACUAGUGAGCAGAGGAGAGAGAAUUAUUCAUGCGACAUAACAUAUGUCACGAAUAGUGAGCUUGGCUUUGAUUUUCUAAGGGAUAAUCUUGCCAUGACUGUCGAUGAGCUUGUCUUGAGGGACUUCAAUUACUGUGUAAUUGAUGAAGUUGAUUCUAUUCUUAUUGAUGAAGCGAGAACGCCUCUAAUCAUAUCAGGCCUUGCUGAGAAGCCAAGUGAUCGUUACUAUAAAGCAGCAAAGAUUGCAGCAGCAUUUGAGCGAGAUAUCCACUACACUGUUGAUGAAAAGCAGAAAAAUGUUUUACUUACAGAACAAGGUUACGAAGAUGCUGAAGAAAUAUUGGAGAUAAAAGAUCUGUAUGAUCCUCGGGAACAGUGGGCUUCAUAUGUUCUAAAUGCAAUCAAAGCAAAGGAGCUCUUUCUUAGAGAUGUGAAUUACAUUGUUCGUGGCAAGGAAGUUCUCAUUGUGGAUGAGUUCACAGGUCGAGUCAUGCAAGGCAGACGAUGGAGUGAUGGCCUUCACCAGGCGGUUGAAGCAAAAGAAGGUGUGCCCAUUCAGAAUGAAACAGUAACACUUGCAUCAAUAAGCUAUCAGAAUUUCUUUCUUCAGUUUCCCAAACUUUGCGGCAUGACGGGAACUGCGGCUACUGAGAGCACAGAAUUUGAGAGCAUAUACAAAUUAAAAGUCACAAUUGUUCCAACAAACAAACCGAUGAUAAGAAAGGAUGAGUCAGAUGUAGUUUUUAGGGCAACAAACGGGAAAUGGCGUGCCGUGCUUGUGGAGAUAGCGAGAAUGAACAAAACUGGCCGACCUGUGCUUGUUGGUACUACAAGUGUCGAGCAAAGCGAUGCUUUAUCUGAACAGUUGCGUGAAGCUGGAAUCCCUCAUGAGGUCCUAAAUGCGAAACCAGAAAACGUUGAGAGGGAAGCAGAAAUUGUAGCACAAAGUGGACGUCUUGGUGCAGUGACAAUUGCGACCAAUAUGGCUGGGCGUGGUACGGAUAUCAUUCUUGGUGGCAAUGCUGAAUUUAUGGCGAGGCUGAAGCUACGUGAAAUGCUUAUGCCAAGGGUUGUCAAGCCAAUAGAGGGUGUGUUUGUGUCUGUGAAGAAACUACCUCCAAGGAAGACAUGGAAGGUGAGUGAAAGCUUAUUCCCUUGUGAGCUUUCUAAAGAGACUGUAUCAUUGGCCAAAGAUGCAGUAGAAAUGGCUGUUAAGACAUGGGGACAAAGAACAUUGACCGAGCUAGAAGCAGAAGAGCGGCUCUCUUACUCAUGUGAAAAGGGACCAACACGAGAUGAAGUCAUUGCAAAGCUGAGGGAUGCAUUUAAAAGAAUUGUCGAAGAAUAUAAAGUAUAUACUGAGGAGGAAAAAAAGAAGGUUGUUGCAGCAGGUGGACUUCAUGUUGUUGGGACAGAACGUCAUGAAUCUCGCAGAAUUGAUAAUCAGCUUCGUGGUCGAAGUGGCAGACAAGGUGAUCCAGGAGGCUCUCGUUUUUUCCUUAGUCUGGAGGAUAACAUAUUCCGGAUAUUCGGUGGAGACAGAAUACAGGGCCUCAUGCGAGCUUUCAGAGUCGAAGACCUUCCAAUCGAAUCAAAGAUGCUAACAAAGGCACUAGAUGAAGCUCAAAGGAAGGUUGAGAAUUACUUCUUCGACAUAAGAAAGCAGUUAUUUGAAUAUGAUGAGGUAUUAAACAGCCAACGAGACCGUGUGUAUGCCGAAAGAAGGCGGGCCCUUGUAUCUGACAGCCUUCGGUCUCUUAUGGUAGAGUAUGCUGAGCUUACUAUGGACGAUAUUCUAGAGGCAAACAUUGGUCCGGAUACUCCCCGGGAAAAUUGGGAACUAGACAAACUGAUUGCAAAACUUCAACAGUAUUGCUAUUUAUUGAAUGACUUAACACCGGAAUUGCUGCAAAGUAAAUGCUCAAGCUAUGAGGACUUGAGGGAUUAUUUGCGCUUGCGAGGUCGUGAAGCAUACUUUCAGAAAUCCGAGAUCGUCGAGAAACAAGCGCCGGGACUGAUGAAAGAAGCCGAGAGGUUCCUAAUCUUGAGCAACAUCGACCGGCUAUGGAAAGAGCACUUGCAAGCCCUCAAGUUCGUCCAGCAAGCCGUGGGAUUACGAGGAUACGCUCAGCGAGAUCCCCUGAUCGAGUAUAAGCUCGAGGGAUAUAAUCUCUUCUUAGAUAUGAUGGCUCAAAUCCGAAGAAACGUUAUUUAUUCUGUGUACCAGUUCCAACCGAUGAUGGUGAAGAAGCAAGAGGAGGGCGAUGACUCCCAAAAGAAAGAGCCGAAAGGCGAAGCGGCCGACAGCGAUGCUAAUCCAAUCGGCGCCGCGCAAACCGCGUAGUUUUUGUCGAUCAGAAAAUGCAGAGAAUCACACCGUCGUGGUUGUUUUCGAUCUUUCGAGCAGCUGUUGGACAAAUUUUGAGCCAUUCAUCUGGUGAGUUGAAUCUUUCACAGUUACUCUGAGGGGAGAGAGAGAGAGAGAGAGAGAGAGAGAGAGAGAGAGAGAGAGAGAGAUUGUUUGUUGUAUCAUCAGAUGUAAAUGUUUUAGACACAGAACAAAGAGUCUUUUUCCUUUUCGUUUCUACAAUUUUCA